AUGUCCACUCCCAAAAAUGAUUUAACAUCAAAUCCAAAUCCCACUAAAUCAUCAUACUUGUCAUUCUUCCCCGAUGAUUAUCUAUACUACUUAGAUUUUCUUCCCGAUUUACAAAAUGCCAUUAAUUUGUUCAUGACAUUUACUCCAUUAUUUUCAUACGGAUCAACUUGUAUAUCAAUUUACAAAAGAAAAACAUCUUUAGGAUUCAGUAUAGAUAUUUGUGGAACUAUGUUUAUGGCUUCAAUUUUGAGGAUCUAUUAUUAUUUAUGUUCUCCUUAUGAGAUCACUUUGCUAAAACAAUCAAUUAUGAUGAUUUUAAUACAGACUUUAUUAUUAAAAACUAGUUUAAGAUAUAGACCAAAAGAUUAUGAUCCUGAUUUAUUACAACCACUCCCAAAUUUAAGUUAUGAAAUUGAAAUGAAUUUACCACGUAGAUUAAGUUCAUCUUCAUUAAAUUUUGAACAUAAAAAUUAUUCGUCAAUGGAUUUUAUUGAUUUUAUUGUACUAAAAGUAAAAGAUUACGCAACUUAUUUUUGGUGUUAUUUCAAAAUUCUUUUAAUUCAUGUAUUAAGAUUAUUUGAUGUAUAUUACAAAAGACCAGGUUUAUUUUGGCAAUGGUCCAAAGAAUCAUCAUACUGGAUAUUUUUAAGUGGUUUUGCUACUGUUUUUGGAAUAUCCACUUUUUUUCUAAAAAAUAAUUCAAAUUAUUCAAAUUUUAUAGGAAUAUUGGGAUUAUUUAUUGAAAGUUUAUUACCAUUACCUCAAAUAUUAAUGUUAAAUAGAAUUCGAUCAGUUAAAAAUUUUAAGAUUAUUUUAUUAUUAAGUUGGCUUGGUGGUGAUUGUACAAAAAUAUCUUAUUUAAUUUAUGGAACUAAUCAAAUUUCAAUUAUUUUUAUUGCUGCUGGAUUAUUUCAAAUGAUGUUGGAUUUAUAUAUUGCUUAUCAAUAUAUUUAUUUUAAAUACUUAAAGAAGUUUAGAGAGAAUAAAUUAAAUUCUCAACAUUCUGUUGAUGAUAUAUUAAAUAAUUUGAUGCUAAAUAAUGAUGAAAUGGGAAAUGAUUUAGAAAUGAAUAUAUUGACUAGUUCGAGUAAUAGUAAUGGAUCAAAUAGUAGAUAG